AUGGCCUCCAGGGCCCGGCCUCAGCUACUCUGCUACCUCAAAGUGUUUGGAUUUUCCCCAGUGGCCGCCGCAGGGAAGGCCAGGUCGCGGAGCUGGAGGCAGGUGCUGGCGCCCGAGCCAGCGGUGGGUGGGGGCGCCCGGGCUGUGUUCCUGCCUCCUCGCCCCGCGCGCUGCGCCCGGCUCGUUGCGGCGGACCCGGCACCACAGGUGAGGCGCGCGCGGGUGCAAAGCGCAGGGGACACGGGCCGGCGCAGCUCAGCUUUCUGGGGCGCGGCCUUGGGGCUCGCCGCUGGGCCUCCCCAGGGAAGCGAGAGGCACAAACUCUGUAUGAAGUUUUUUUUUUUUUUUUUAAAUACAAACCUGAAUCACUUCUCUGCUUGUAUUAACCACAGGAGAAUAUCCCAGGACCCUAGGAUGUACUCCCUUUUCCUGUUCCUUUUUCUGAGCCAUGCAGUGGCGAAUUGGAGAGUUCCAAAUUCCAGGCAGGAUUUGCAUCCAUUGUUGCAAAAAAUGGCAGAAGAAAUAAUAGAGGGAAGCUACCUGAAUGCAUUACUGGAUCUCAUACAGUUUCAAAGAUCCCAUGUGUGGACAGCAGACCUGCCCCGCAGAGUCCUGGCCUAUCUGAAUUCGAGGAAUGUCGCCUUCACCCUCGCCAGCCUGCAGGCAGCCAUGGAAAAUCACCUGGAGCAGCGUUUGUACCAGCCCCAGAAGCUACUGGAGGACCUGAGGGAAACAGAUGCCCAGCAGUUCCGUACCGCCAUGAAAUGCCUCUUAGAAGACAAGAAGGACCGCUUGGAGCUGGAGGACAUUGUCAUUGACUUGGGAGAGAUUCGGGAACAAGCCUUGCAGAGCCCUGGUGUGAACCGCAGCCUGUUUCUUGUCACACUGGAGAGAUGUUUCCAGGUGCUGAAUGCCUUAGAGUGUGUGAAGAUCCUGGGCAGGGUGCUGAGGGGUUCCUCAGGCAGCUUUCUCCAGCCAGACAUCACACAGAGGCUUCCCCGGGACCUUCGUGAAGACGCUUUUAAGAACCUAUCUGCGGUGUUCAAAGAUCUCUACGACCAAACCUCGGCUCAUACCCAGCGAGCUCUCUACUCCUGGAUGACUGGGAUUUUGCAGACAUCUUCCAACGCCACCAGUGACUCUGUUUCAUGGGUCAGUGCAGAAAACUUAUGGAUUUUGGGCAGAUACAUGGUUCACCUGUCAUUUGAAGAAAUUAUGAAAAUUAGUCCUACAGAAAUUGGGCUGUUUAUCAGCUAUGACAACGCCACCAAGCAGUUGGACACAGUUUACGACAUCACCCCCCGGUUGGCCCAGGCGUUUCUGGAUAGGAUCAGCUCCUCCAAUUUCGACAUGAGGAAUACCUCUACCAUCCACAGGUUGGGGCUGCUGGUUUGUUUCUACGAUGACCUUGACUUUCUGGACACCGCUGUGGCCCGAGUCCUCCUUCACCAGAUGGUCAAGUGCAGCCACCUGAGGGGCUUCCAGGCCGGCAUUCAGAAGCUCAAAGCCGACCUCCUGGACAUUGCCACCAAGAACCAGACCCUCAAUGAGACGCUGGGUUCUUUGUCGGAUGCCGUUGUGGGGUUGACCUGUGAUCAGCUGGAAUCCCUCUCCCCUAUGGCUGUGCACCGCGCCAUCUCCACCCUCAACCAGGUCUCAGGCUGGGCCAAGAGCCAGGUCAUCAUCUUGUCUUCGAAGUACUUGGCCCAUGAGAAGGUGCUAUCCUUCUACAACGUCAGCCAGAUGGGCGUGCUGCUGGCUGGGGUCAGCACCCAGGCCUUGUACAGCAUGGACCGCAAGGACCUCGUGCAGUUCAUGAGAAGCACUGCGUCCCAGCACCUGUCCCAUCUGUCGCCUGCCCAGCAGCAGGGAGUCCUCAGCAAGUUUUGGCAGAUGACCGAAGCAGGAGAUGCUGCCUCAGCCCUUGGAGAUAUACGAGGGGUUUUCUUUAAGGAAGUGUCUCUGUUCGAUUUGUGGAGGGAACCUGGAUUCAACUCUACAGUUCUAAAGGAAAAGGAGCUGCGAAGGAGUCAGGCUUUGUUCCUGUAUGAGCUUCUGUCAAAGACAACAAGAAGGCCCGAUGAGCUCCUGAGCGCAGGGCAGCUGGUCAAAGGUGUGCAGUGCUCACACAUUGAGACCAUGAGCUCGGACACCUUCCUGGCCCAUUUCCAAUAUUUUGAGAACAACCUCUCCUUGCUAUCACCAUAUCAGGUUAAUUGCUUGGCGUGGAAAUACUGGCAAGUUUCCAGGUCUUCUAUGCCGCCAUUUCUUUUGGCCACACUCCCGGCCCGCUACUUGGCUUCAGUCCCAGCUUCCCAGUGUGUGCCCUUUGUGAUCAGCCUGGGCAAAAGUCAAUUGGACUCCUUGGUUUUAGAUUCUCACAAAAAGAAUUUGGUCCUCAGGAAAGUGCAGCAGUGCCUGAACGACUCCACUGCCGACGAGUACGCCGUGGACAUGCUGGGGAGCCUGCUCUGCCACUUGCCGGCAGCCAUCAUGGAGCACGGGAUCACGCCCAGGGCCUGGGCUACCGCCCUGCACGGCCUCAGAGACUGUGCAGACCUCAGCCCGGAGCAGAAGGCUGUGGUGCGGCGCAGGCUCCUGGAGCAGCACGGACUCCCUCAGAACUGGACAGCUGAGACCACGAAGGACUUGGGACCUUUUCUGGUGCUUUUUUCAGGAGAUGAAUUAAGCUCUAUCACCACAAAGUUCCCUGAUAUCUUUCAACAAACAGCUUCCAAGAUGACCAGGACCCUGCCCCCCAAAGAAUUCCUCUGGGCUGUCUUUGAAUCUGUUCGAAACAGCAGUGAUGAGAACCCCAGCUCUGACCCCAGCUCUGGUUGCCAUGGAGUUGCUGCUCCCUCUACGGAUGACAUCCUCAAGUUGGCCGAAGCCAAUGCCUGCUGGACCCCCGACGCCCUGCUCUGCAUGGGGGAGGACACGUUCAUUAGGAAUGUGGAGCUUCUGGGCACGAUCAAGGGUUUCAGCCGGCCUCAACUGAUAGCCCUGAAGGAGAAGGCAAUACAGGUUUGGGAUGUGCCAUUUUACUGGAGACAGCACCAUAUUGUCUCCCUGGGACGCAUUGCUCUGGCUCUUAAUGAGAGUGAGUUGGAGCAGCUGGACCUCAGCUCCAUUGACACAGUGGCUUCCCUAAGCCAGCAGACAGAAUGGACCUCAGGACAGGCUAAAUCCAUUCUGCAAGGAUUCCUGGAAGAUUCAGGCUAUGCUAUCCAGGAUCUGAAGAGCUUUCACUUAGUAGGACUUGGUGCAACCCUGUGUGCUAUGAAUAUCACUGAAAUCCCGCUUAUAAAGAUCUCAGAAUUCAGAGUGGUGGUGGCCAGGAUCGGGACCCUGUUCUGCAGCACCCAUGUUUUGGCUGAGUUUAAGAGGAAGGCAGAAGUCGUUUUUGGGGAUCCCACUGAGUGGACCAGCUCCAUCUUGCAGGAGCUCGGGACUAUUGCAGCUGGAUUAACUAAGGAAGAACUCCAAAUGCUCGACAAAGACUUGAUGCCGUAUUUCCAGCCAUCAGCAGUAAAAUGCCUUCCUGAUGAGAUAUUCAAAGAGCUGUCGCCAGAGCAGAUCGCCUCCUUGGGCCCCGAGAAUGCGGCGGCAGUGACCGACGCCCAGCGCCGGCAGCUCAGCAUGCUGCAGCGGCAGAGCCUCCAGCUGGCGCUAGAUGGCGCCAAGACCCGCUCCUGGCUGGACGCGCCCCUGAGCGCCAGCCCCACCCGGGCCCCCACCUCGCGUUCUCCCCUAGGAGUGGCCAUCUGCUGGGGUCUUUGGCUUGGCUGCCCUCUGCUGGCUCUAAUGCCCAAGCCCCUGUGGUGAGCGGUGUGAGCAUUUCGCCCUUCCGGUGCCCUGUGCAGCUGGCUAAGGCCUGUCAAGACAGAGGGCCCACCAGACUGUGGGAGACCCCUGCCUGGACCCAGAGCCUCAAACAGGACAGGGGGGCCCUGGGGCCCUGAUAUUUCAAAGGCACCCCAAGGAAAAAGUAAUUAUUAAAAAUGAUCUGGCAAGUUCUGAAGCUGGCCUGUGUCCUGAGCAGGGGGCCAGUCUCUGCCCUGCUGCAGGCUUUUCCCCUCCCCUGCUUGGAGACAGAAACUGUGGGGAGGGAAAUAGGGUGCCAGUUUUCUGCCAGUAGAGUGAAGACUUUACACAGCAGUUACUGCCCCCCUUCUGAGAGAGGGGGUGCAGGAAAAAGGCACCAUUUCAGCCAGGGCCAGAUCUGGGUCCUACACUGGCUUGAUUUCACUUCCCUGGAGCUACGGGCUGCAUUGGAUUUUUCCUUCUUAGAUAUUUAGCAGAGCUGACGUAAAUGAAUCCCUCAGCUAUAGCCGAUAUCCCUGAUUGCUGGGACUAAUUGAUGUUUUGGUGGGCAUUGCAUUGCUGGGAAAUUAAAACAUUUAACAUGGCUCAACGUUAAAUCAAUUUUUAAAUACAUUUUCCAGAUGCCUUCCAUUUCCUGUGAAGUUAUCAGUUAAGCUUUCAAAGUGUCCCUUUUUUGGGGGGGAGUGGAGGUGGUGGCUCUUUCCCUUCUUUUUUAAGUUACUCUGAGCUUUGGGAGGUUUGAAAUAAUAGUAAUAAAAAGAUAGAUUGUGUAAGUCAGUCACCCAUUUGAUUAUACCACCGCAGAGCCAAUCCCAACCCAUUGACCCCAUCCUUUUGGAGGCUGGGGUGAAGUCACUUCUGGAAAUCCCCAGGAUGCCUGUGGCCUUAGGCUCAGGAGGUCAGAGCUCAGACAGGUGGCCAGCAGUGAUGCUCUGCUACCUCCCAGGUGUCCCACGUUCUCGAAGGCAGCAAUAAAGCCACUUGGCAUGAUAUUCCUCGGGUGGCUCCUCAGAUAUCCUGGGUGCUUCUUUCCUGCCACCAGGAAGUCCUGCGUUCUCUUCCAAGUCACACAUCGUGGCUGACGUCUCAUCUGGAGAUGAGAAGAAAAGCCUGCUUGAGUUUCCAAAAAACGUGUAGUGUUCUGUAAGAGCUGGGCAGGUUUUACACAGCGGCAUCCGUAGGUGUAGAGACUGGUGUGUUUUCAGAUGUCACAUGGGGUUAUUACAGAAAAUAAAGGGAUCGAGUACGAAAGGCAGGGUCUUGUAAGUGCUAUUCAGGGCCUGAUUUGGCUCUUUUUCAUCCUGGUGGGGAAGUGGCAACUAGUGUUUUUUCCCAAGCACGGAUCAUUUAUUUCGUUACAAACAACACCAGCUGGCCCCCCAUUGAGCUGGGCUGGUCCAGCUGCUUGGAGGGGUGCUGGAUGAGAACCUGCCAACACAGAUUCCCAUCGGAAUGGCCUUGCAUCUCACCCAGCGUCCUUGAUUUAUACCAGCUUUGGGUAUCCUGGGCAACUGAAGGGAAAUCAGAGAAAUAGCCUUCCUUCAGGUCAGGCUUCAAACUGCCAACUUCAUGUCACUUUUGCAUUUCACCUUCACUCCUGACCUCCUGUUUCUGCCGUAAUUCCUGGUUCAUUCUGCCAUCUUGGGAGGCCAUCUCUGCAUCAAGCUCUGCCCUAAGGGCUUUGUUUGUAUCGUUAGCUCAUUUCAUCAUCAAGAUGACCCUGCCAGUAGGUGCUGCGGUGAUUCUCAUUGUCCAGAUGAGGGGACUAAGCCCAGGCGCUAGUCUAAGGCCUCACAGAUGGUAAGGAUUUAAAUCUUACCUUCUUUAUGUCAUGGUCCCUGGGCGGCACAAACAAUUUGCCCUCGACUAGGAUCUUUAGUAACCUAAAGGUUGGUGGCUCGAACCUACCCAGCAGUGCCUUGCAAGAAAGGCCUGGCAUUCUGCUUCCGUAAAAAUUAGAGCCAAGAAAACCCUGGGAGCAGUUCUACUCUGCAACACAUGGGGUCGCCAUGAGUCGAAAUGGACUCAAUGGCAAUGGGUUUGGUUUUUGGUUUCCUUUAUCUCUUCACAAUGCUACCUCCUGGAUGGGUGCCCUUCAGCUUCUCUAACAAGUUAGAUCAGAGAGAGAUUUUAUAAAUCCCUCUCUUUCCCCUCUGGCGGGAGGCCAGCUUGCCUCACAGCACACAUAAUUGGUGAUUGCCUCAGGCACAAAGACAAAUCGAGCUUAUGCCCUGCAGGACCCCUGAGGUCUCAGGUUGAAAUGCACAGUCCUUUGCACGUAGGAAAGCAGCAGGUCACGCUGGCAGGUGUGGCUCCUGUCUACCUCUCAAGGUCAGCCCUGCCACUGAAUUCCCACCCUUUGUCUUUGACCACUUCCCCCAGCUGUAUGGAGGGAUCAGGGUCCCCUGCAUGCAGGUUACAGUGUCUG